AUGGAAAACGAGAAGGAGAAGAAUCUCACUCUUCCUCACCAAAGCAAUGUGGAGAACGAGAAGAAGAAGAACAACAACAAGUACCCCACUCUACCUCACGAGUUGAUCAUCGAAAUCCUGCUUCGGCUACCGGUGAGAUCUGUACUGCGCUUUAGAAGGGUUUGCAAGUCAUGGUCCUCUCUCAUUUCCGAUCCCCAUUUCGCGAAAUCCCAUUUUGACUUCAAUGCUGCACCCACUCAUCGUCUUCUUCUUCGAUUUAUCAAUGAGAAUAGGGCUAGAGUUCAAUCCUUUGAUCUAGCUUCAUCACUUGGCGACCGUUCUGCUGUCAAAACCCUCAAUUUCCCGUCUCCACCCAUGUCGUGUGAUCACAACCCUUUACAUUUCUUAGGUUCUUGCAGGGGGUUUAUGCUUUUAGCCUAUGAACGUACCGGUGAUGUCAUUGUGUGGAAUCCAACAACCGGUUUCCAUAAACAAAUUCUAGAUAUAGACCAUGAGUUCAUGUUUAGCUAUCUAUGUGGUUUUGGGUAUGACAAUUCCACCGAUGACUAUUUUGUAGUUGUAAUAACACUGUAUCUUCCUAAAACUGAAAUUCGUGUCUUUUCUUUGAAAACCAAAUCAUGGUGUGACAUUAAGUAUGUUAAUGUUCGAUAUAUGGAUUGUGGGUAUAAUUCCGGACCCGGACACCCCGGGGUGUUCUUGAAUGGCUCUCUUCAUUGGCAGGUCACUCGUAUGGAUACAGGGCUUGAUGUAGUUAUUGCCUUCGAUUUGGUAAAAAAUAGUUUAUCGGAUAUUCCUUUGUCAUCUGAAUUAGCAGCGGAAUGGACAGAGAAAGUGUAUUAUUUGAGGGAACUGGGAGGAUAUCUCAGUAUGUGUUACGCAGGUGGAAGUCGUAGGCGUGAGAGGGCAGAGAUAUGGGUCAUGAAAGAAUAUAAAGUGCAGUCUUCUUGGACCAAGGCUUUUGUUACGACUGUUUGUGACAUUCCUCGCAGACGCUUUUAUCCAAUAUGUUUCAUUGAAGGUGGUGGGGUUGUUGGAUCAAAUGGACAUGGAAGAUUGUUGAAAUUUAAUGCCAAAGGAAAACUGCUUGAGCAUCUCAAAUAUGAUCGGGAGUACGAAAAUGGUCAAAAGUAUUUUGAAAUGUAUAGAGAGAGUCUGCUGUUUUUCCCUGGUGAGCAACGACUCCUUUGUGUAACUGAAGAUGAGGAAAGUGAAGAUGCAGAAGAGGAAGAAACUAUAGAUGAGGAUACAUCUGAAUAUGAGUAUUCAAUAUCUGAAGAAGAGUAUUCAACUGAAGAUGAGGAUGCAACUGAAGACGAGGAAACAACUAAAGAUGAGUAUGCAACUGAAGGCGAGAAAACAACCGACGAUGAGGAAGAGAACUGAAGAUAACCUACAGCAACUGUUCAAGAAACAAGAAAAAAUAGCAUGCAAUAUAUACUCCAACAAUAGUUACCUUUUUGUUCUGAAAUAACCUCAUUUUAAUGCUUAAAUAGUGUAGUUUUAGCAGUGAUUUCAUGUGUUUUAGCAGUCAUUUCAGUAAGUUUGGAUUUAGAGCUAAAAUUUAAAUGAUGUGUCGUAUUAGGAUUUAUGAAAUCUUAGUUGGAGUUAGUACA